AAUAAUAUCAAGGCAAUAGAAUGCUCACACUUUCCACCGAUGGACCAUGCUAAAGCGUUUUGAUCGGGCUACUUUUAACCGUGGCUAUGCUGAAGUGGUGCAUCCAGUUGUUAGGCCUAGCCCGGAAUCCUGGCAGAAAUCAGUUGACAGGACCUUCCAUGGAUGACAAAUCCAAAAGAAAGGAAGUAGAUGCUGCUUCCAUAUCAUUAGACUUGAGCAUGCAGUCGAAGGAUAUUUUCGUGAGGAUAGUUCAUGCAGGCGGUCGUGAGGAGCUGUACCAGAAUGUAGUUCCUGCAUCUCAGUUGAUGGAAAAGUAUCCUGGUUUGUGCGUCGCCCGCCCAGAAGUGUUCAAAAAUCCGCAGGAGGCCCUUUUACGGCCAGAUGAGAUUCUGUUGAUUGGUAAGAAGUAUUACAUGAUACCAUGUACUACAGCGCAGAAAAUUAAGAAAAAACACCAAAAGAAAUUGAAGGCCAAAGAAGCUGCUGAAGGCAAAGAUGAGGCUCCGGAUGGGAAGAACACCGUGGAUUCAGGAGGUUCCGACACAGAUGAUUCUGUUUGCUCCGAUAAAGAAUAUUAUGUCUCCAAGGAAAGAUGGUCAAAAUGUUUACGGAGAAAAGGUUUCAGAGGAAAGAAGCCUUUUGUUCCCCCACUUCCGAGGACAAGAUCAUGUCGAGGAAUAAAUUGGGAGCCAAGUCUCACUUCUGUGCAAGAGCUUUCUCCAUGAUUUUCUGUAUGCUGUUAACCUGGCGUUCGGAUUCUGCUACGUGGUUAUAUUGCUACUGCAAGUAUGUUUUUGGUUCCAUGAAAAUUCUGAGAGAGAUUUAUCAAAAAUUUUAUACACCGUAAUAAGUAAUGUACCGUUUUUCCAGCAAUAUAUUCUAUUUUCUAUAUCAGACUGCUCGUGUACGAUAAUCAUAGCAGUUUCUUUCAACAACUUUCCACUGUCAGAUUCGUUGAAUAUAUUGAUGUUUCCCUGGAAAUAGAAGAUCAGUUUUGUCAC